AUGGAAAACCGGCUGCCCGAGAAGCCAGCGCCGCAGUGCUGGAGGGGCCGAGGCGCCGCCGGCCGGGCUGCUCAAGCUGCUGAUCUCUCCUCCCAGAAGAGAAAGAAGGAAAUGCCUUCCAAACCAGAGAAAAGGCCGAAGGGAGAGCCCAGGCCUUCAAAGGUGACAGCAAAGCCUCCGGGGCACGACAGUGAAGAGGAGGGCAUGUUCCAGAUCGGGAAGAUGCGCUAUGUCAGAGUGUCCUGCUUCAAGGGGAAGGUCCUUGUGGACAUCAGGGAGUUCUACGUGGAUAAGGAUGGAGGCACCAAACCAGGGAGGAAAGGGAUUGCCCUGUCUGCAGAACAGUGGAACCAGCUGAAGGAGAUCAUUCCUGAGAUCGAUGCUGCAGUCAAGAAAUUCUAAGAUGAAGGAUCUCUGUUACCUUGUACCGUACUGUUUCCUUUCCCCUUAAGUGCACUGCGAAGCAUAAAGCCAAAGACUCCCAUCUGGAGCCUUACCCUCACCUUGCUGAGGUUUCCUCACUGAGGUGGUAGUUGUGCUGAAAAGGCCAGAGACUGCUUUCUUUUCAAGUAACAGCUUGUAAUGAGCAAGUGGAACUUAGAGUCAGUGGUGUAAAGAGACUUCAAGAUCUCUGGCCUCUUUCUACGCUUGAGGUCUGCUCUAGUGAGGGCACUAAGCAGUCUAAUGCAUGGGAGAGCCUGACUCCAACCUUCCAGGUGUGGAUGGCUGUCAGUCUACACUGUGGAGUGCUCUAGCAGCUCUGUGUCUGCUGCUGUCUUCCACUUGGUUGACUGUUGACUAAGAUGUUUAGUAUACUUCAUGCUGGCAUCUGCUGCCUCUGUGUUCCCUCCACAUGCCAUUCUGGCUAUUUCAAGUACUUUUUUGUGUUGGUGGGCCUCUUUUUUUUUCUUUUUGUGUAAAGAAAGGGGAUUAUUAUACUUUAGCAGCUGGUUUGUAGAAGGUGAAUAUGCACAAUAAAUGUGUUUGCAUUACAAAAAGGAGAUGCAUAGUGUCUCCAGGCUAGCAACUCUA